AUGGAAAACAAACUGCUUUGGGUGCUGCUAGCCGGCUCUGAUUUCGGAUGUAUUUGCUUUCCAGUGGAAUGCGUCGUGGGUGGUCACACAUCGAUGUCUGGUGUUGCACCCUAUGUGGUUUCGGUUCAGAAUCCGACACACAUCUGCGGUGGUGUUUUGGUAGCCAACAACUGGGUUUUAACGACAGCAUCAUGUGUGCAGGGUAGAAGUAAUCUCAAGGUCUUAGUGGGCUCACUCCGCUUGCUGACCAAUAUGGAGCGCACUGGAGUCCAAUCAGUGACUCCGCAUUCUGCGUACAAUUCGGUAACCGGUGUCAACAAUGUGGCACUUUUACGACUUUCCCAGUCAGUCGUCUCGAAUCGUAUAAUCGCUGCUCAACUAAAUAGUGCCCAAGUCACAUCUGGACUUCCGACCGCUUUCUACGGUUGGGGAUCACUGAAUCAUGGAUCAGCAACGAAAUCCAAUGAGCUGCAAACACUGUACCAGAAAACUUUGAGUACUGCUGAUUGUGCGAAAAGGUACCAGAAUAAUGGAGGAUUGGCAACUGGAUUCAUAUGUGCACAAAUUCAGCCCGGACAAGCUGCCUGUUCGAAAGAUGAAGGAGGUCCUUUAAUAGAUAUGAGCAGCGGAAAGUUGUUGGGAAUCUACGAUCAUGGAAUACAAUGCAGUGGAGUAUUUCCAGAUGUUUUCAUCGAUGUUGCAACGCACAAAACUUGGAUUGAUACCACGGCUGUUAAUUAA